CCUCCGGAAACGUGCACGUGCAGGCGGCCGGGAUACGUCAUGGCGGCCAGGCGCCUCUUAGGUGCUACGUGGAGCUCGGCCGGCUGGCGGGUUCGGGAGCUCCCGGACCCCGCCGCUUCUGUAAGACUCCAUGUACGAGAUUAUGCAACCAAGAGACCGGUCAUUAAGGGGGGCAAAGGCGCUGUGGUCGGUGAGGCCCUGAAGGACCCAGAGGUGUGUACAGACCCCAUCCGGCUCACCACGCACGCCAUGGGUGUCAACAUCUACAAGGAGGGCCAGGAUGUGGUCCUGAAGCCGGAUUCCGAGUACCCAGAGUGGCUGUUCCAGAUGAACGUGGGUCCCCCCAAGAAUCUGGAGGAUCUGGACCCUGAGACCCGGGAGUACUGGCGGCUGCUGCGGAAACACAACAUCUGGCGCCACAACCGGCUGAGCAAGAAUCAGGAGUUCUAGCGGGAGAGGGACCAGAGCAUCCUGACCCUCCAGUGACCUGGAGGAGAUGCGGUGGGUCGGUGGGGGGGUACCUCCCCCAGCCCACCCCCUGGACUUUUUAUUUUCUGGAAAAACACACUUCUCCGAGAACAGAGGAGACUACCACCCUCACUGGGGUUACUGGGUGGCCCCUGCAUUGAAGCUGAAUCAGGGCCCUGGGGGCCAAUAAAGACUUCUUGGGGCAAUUGC